AUGGGUAUUGCUAUUCCAUGCACCACGUUAACUUGCAAAUACAGUGGAGGCACCGAUUUAUAUGCAAACUUUGCCAUUAAGUCAUAUGCAUGUGCAGAAUAUUACGAGAAGAGCUUGAUGGAUCUCAGAAACCUGCCCUUCAAUUCAGCUCGAGUCUACAGUUCAGCCUACCGUGGAGUUACUAAGCAUAGAUUUACAGGAAGAUAUGAAGUCCAUCUCUGGGAAAAAAUGAAUGAUAAUAGGAGCCGCAAGGGUAAACAAGUAUAUCUCGGCGGCUAUGAGCAGGAAGAGAAAGCUGCUAGAGCUUAUGAUCUGGCAGCUCUCAAGUACUGGGGUCAAGAAGCUGUGACAAACUUUCCGAUUAUAACAUAUGAGAAAGAGCUGAAAGAAAUGCAAAACAGGUCGAAACAAGAAUAUAUUAAUUUUAUAAGGAGGGAUAGUACUAGCUUUUCGAGGGGUAGAUCAGUUUAUCGAGGAGUGACAAGGCACAGAAAUGAAAAAAAGUGGCAGGCUAGAAUUGGGAGAGUUGCAGGGCACAAAGAUUUGUAUCUAGGAAAAUUCGAGACUGAGGAAGAGGCGGCCAAAGCUUAUGACAUUGCCGUCAUCAAAUACAAAGGACCAAGUGCUCUUACAAACUUUGAAAUAAGUAGAUAUGAUCUGGAAGCCAUCAUGAGCACCGAAUUACCCGUAGAACGGACAGAACACCUCGCUAGUACUGGAGUACAAGAAAUGGAAAGCAUAGAACGUAUUGAGAAUUUUCUGAAAGAUGCAGCAGACGCUCAGGCUGAGAAUAAUGUGAACAAAUCUAUCAUCACUACUGGUAGCACAGAGAGCUCACUAACGGGCACAGUCAGACAUUCUAAUGCUUCUGCUACACCAUCCAAUGCUGCUCUUGAGCAGCCUGUUCAAGCUUCUCCAAUAAUGGCAUGCUAUCAGAAACAGAACCCUGCAGCACAGCAAUUCAUGCCCACAAACAAAAACUAUGAUUUUCUCUACAAUCUGACCGGUUUCGAACCAGGAGCCAUUGAUGAGCAUGGAAUCUCAAAAACUAUCUCAAAAACUAUGGCAUCUGCUCAAGGACUAGUAAUGGGGGAUUCCUCUUUUCCAUCACACAGUUCUCUGGCAGCCCAAUUCAUUGAUACCCAAGAAGAAUUUGUUGCUUCAAAUACGCUAGCCUCUGAAUAUAUGCUGCCUGUGGGUACCUUCACCAGAAGCAUAGUUUGCUCUCCUGGGAAGCCCUCAGGUUUUGUGAGAGCUGGCUAUGAGAAUCUCCAAGAAGGAUUAGUUAAUUCAAGGACACCAUCCUCUGGAAACAUGCUGUCUGUGGGUACCUUCCCCAGAAGCAUAUUCUGCUCUCCUGCGCAGGCCUCGGGUAUUGUGAGAGCUGCUUAUGUGAAUGUAAUAAUACCUCAGAGCAACUGGAUGGCAUCCUCUCUUCAGUAUCCAGAAAAUGGGCCUAUUGAAAAACCCGCAUGUCAAGCUUCUCAAAGUGAGCCUAUUGCAGAAACAGCAUGUCAAGCUCCUAUGUUCAAUAUCUGGAGUGAUAUACAGCUGUGA